AUGGCAAGGGAGAGGUUUUGGCAAAAAAUUAUCAGAGGCGGACUGCUUGUAAAAGAAGAACCUCCUACGGAGUCUGAGCAACCAAUGUUUGAUCCGGAACAGGGUUCUGAUAAUGAAAUGCUGGAGCGGAAGUGCGAAAGUAUUGGCAUGGAAGUACCAGACGGGCCGUAUUCCGUCCUGGGCAUAUUUGACAUCGCUGCAGUCAAACGAAACGACGCUGAAUCGGACUAUUGGGGGGACCCUCGUUUUCUUUGCAAUCGGCGGAACGCUUUUAAUUGGAAAAGGGAUAAGUCCUCGAAGCAUACGCUGGGGCCAAACGCUCGCCGUUUUGUCAAGCAGCUCUUGUUUGGAAAGUUAGACGUUCCGGCAUCACGUUUGGAUAGCAGUUAUUAUCAGCCGAAGAUGUACACGCGCAUUGUGCUUUCGAAUCUUCGUAAGCUUUGUCUGGAAAAGAAAAAAGCCGUAAAUGCAGAAGAGGUAGGAACAUUGCUUCAGUAA